AUGGAGCAUGGUGGAGUACUACUCACGGGACUGUUCUUGUUGUGGCAUGUCUUGGCUAGUCAGAUUAAUGGGUUAUCUGUUGAGGAACAAGGAUUGUGCUCUUCUGCUUUUCACUAUAAAGAUGCCCUUGGCAAAGCUAUCUUAUUCUUUGAAGGGCAACGCUCAGGAAACUUGCCAGCAAGCCAGAGAGCAAAGUGGAGGGGAGACUCUGCAGUCUCUGAUGGCAACCCUGAUCAUGUGAAUUUGAUCGGAGGAUACUAUGAUGCAGCUGACAACGUCAAAUUUGGAUGGCCAAUGGCAUUUACUGUCAGCUUGUUGAGCUGGGCAGCAAUUGAGUACAAGAAUGAGAUAUCUUCUGUCAACCAACUUUGCCACCUCCACACUGCAAUCCGCUGGGGCACUAACUUUAUAUUGAGAUCUCACACUUCUCCCACCACUCUUUAUACUCAGGUGGGAGAUGGUAAUUCGGAUCACCAGUGUUGGGAGCGUCCCGAAGACAUGGACACCCCACGAAAUCUCUACAAGAUCACUUCCAACUCUCCAGGCACUGAGGCAGCUGCUGAGGCUGCCGCUGCUCUUUCUGCAGCCUCAAUCGUCUUCGAAGGGGUUGAUGCAAAUUAUUCAAGGAGGCUACUAAGCCAUUCCCGAUCACUGUUUGAAUUUGCGGACAAGUAUAGAGGAUCUUACCAGGCUUCUUGCCCUUUCUAUUGCUCCUAUUCAGGCUAUCAGGAUGAGCUGCUGUGGGCUGCGGCUUGGCUAUACAAGGCAAGUAGAGAAAACAAGUACUUGAGCUAUGUCUCAACUAACCAAGGCUGGAGUCAACCGGUUUCGGAGUUCAGCUGGGAUAACAAAUUUGUUGGUGCUCAGACAUUAUUAGCAAUGGAGUUUUAUGGUGGGAAGAAGGAUUUUACCAAGUUUAAGAGUGAUGCAGAGUCAUUUAUCUGUGCAGUAAUGCCCGGGAAUAGCUCAGUACAGAUUACUACCCCUGGAGGACUACUGUUUAUAAGAGAUAGUAGCAAUCUACAGUAUGUUACAAGCGCUUCCAUGGUGUUAUUCAUCUACACCAAAAUCUUAAAUGCAGCUCAUAUUGAUGGAGUAAAAUGUGGUUCUGUGCAUUUCUCUGCCUCUCAACUCAGAAAGUUUGCAAAGUCACAGGUGGACUACAUACUAGGAAACAACCCCAAGAAGAUGUCAUACAUGGUUGGGUUUGGCAACAAAUACCCUAAGCAACUUCACCAUAGAGGUUCAUCCAUUCCCUCAGUCAAAGCUCACCCUACAAAGGUGGGUUGCAAUGAUGGCUUCUCAAACUAUUUCUCUUCCAGCAAUCCAAAUCCAAACACUCAUGUGGGUGCAAUUGUUGGAGGUCCUGAUUCCAAUGACAACUUCAACGAUGUGAGAUCUGACUUCUCCCACGCUGAACCUACAACCUACAUGAAUGCAGCUUUUGUGGGCUCAGUGGCUGCUUUGCUUGCUGAAAGCGAAGAUGAGUAUUUGAAAUUGCCACAGGUUAAUAAAACUGCUAAUAUGGCUUAUUAUGUGUAAUUUGUGCUAAAGAUCGAUGAGUACUUCAACUAGUAAUAUUGUACUCUAUGGCUUAAAUUAUGAAGAAUCUGAUAUUUGUAACAUGCACGAGUUAAUACAAAA